AUGGCAUCGUCCUCAUCGUCCUCCUCCCGCGCGAACGCACACGAGAAGAAGGAGGAGAUCUCGCGGCCGGUGCGCUCAGUGGCGCUGCUGAGCCGCGCCAGCCUGGAACAACUUCCGGUGCCGCUGGACCCUGAUGAGGAAGAGGGCGCGGCCUCUUCGAGCCUUUUGAGGCAACAUCACGCCGCGGUCAUGCAACGACUUGACCUGCAGGAUGACUUGUUGCACCAGGUGCUCUCGAGCUGUUCACAUACGGCUCCGAAGCUUCUUCUCAACUACUCGGAUGAUUCAUUCGCUCGUUCGGAAGGCAACAAUGGGCAGGCGGCGGCAGCGUCAAGCUUCCCCAAGGUCGUGGGCAGUUCUCAAGCCACCUUGCUGAGCAGCUACACCCACGAGGACCUGCAGCAAAAGGAUGACGCCUUGCAAGCUCACUCUGAACACAGCCGGAAGCUCUUCAAAAACCGGACGCCCAAUGCCAAGCGCAUGAGAGAUGACAGCUGCGCGCAAAAGCUGGUGAAGCUGCAAAGCUUCGAAGCCUUCUUUGCCUUGGUGGUCAUCACCAACGCCAUCUUCAUCGGCUUCGAUGUGGAGCGAAGCGUCACGGUGGGUGGAGACCGUACGUUGGAGAUGAAAGUGGCGCAGUAUGUCUACACAGGAUUGUUCACCAUGGAACUGGCCUUGAGGAUUUGCGCCCAUGGGCGUAAGUUUUUCAUCUCAGAGGACUGGAUGUGGGCUUGGUUAGAUGUUUUCAUCGUCGCCAGCUCACUGUGGGAAGUGAUGGUGGACAUCGUCACGGAUAUUCUCAAUGGACAAGGCAAUUUGGAGAGUGUCGCAGGCCUCUCCAACGUGAAGUCCUUCCGGGUAAUACGACUCACCCGGCUGCUGAAAACAGCACAGUUCAUCCGGAUCUUCAGAUUUGUGAUGGCCUUACGGAUGUUAGUCACGUCGAUCAUCUCCACCCUUAAGGCACUCCUUUGGGCCUUGGUGCUGUUGAUGCUCAUCGUCUAUGUCUUUGCCGUUCUUUUCACGCAAGCGGUCCACGAAUGGAAAGAAGAUCCAGGGGACAUAGUCUUGGCUCCCCGAGAAGAGGAGAACAUCAAGCGCUACUUCGAAUCCCUGGGUGAUACGAUGCUGGCGCUCUUCAUGAGCAUCGCGGGCGGCGUGAGCUGGGAAGAGGUGAUUUUCCCGCUGAAAGAGAUCUCUUUGGUCUGGGCCUUCGCCUUUGCCCUUUACAUCGCCUUCACCUACUUUGCAGUCCUCAAUGUGGUCACAGGUGUCUUCUGUCAAUCCGCGAUCGAGAGCCAUCAGAACGACCAUGCGAUGGUGGUGCAGGAAGUUGAGAGGCUUGUUCCAUCAGAUGAACGGUGA